UAAAUGUGUAAUAAUCAUGUGUAUCAAAAUAUUUUGUGCAGAUGGCUAAUGCCUGGUAUGAUACAUUAGUGUUAUAUCACUGUAUUAAUGGCUAUUCACAUUCUCCUCUGUAUAACACUUGUGCUGCUGUUAAUGGUUGUAUAUUGUGUAGUGUGGUUUGCUGAUUGCUGAUGCGGUUGCGUGUGCAUUAACUGUUAAUGAUGUUUAAUGCAUCUUUGUUUGGUGUUUGUGGAGUUAACUCAGGCUAUAAAAGAUAAAAUAUGGCAGAGCAGCUCAUACACACCAUCAUCAUCUCCUGAUGAGCAGCGUCUUCAGUCUUCAGUCUGAUUCCCGUGUGUGCAGUGAAUGAAGAGCUCAGUGGAAACUUGUGAAACAUCUGUCAGUCUGUGUGUUAUUCCACAAACUUCUGCUUUGACCUGCAGACCAAACACACACUCCUGUCAGUAACUGCCUGUCAAGAUUUCAUGAAACAAUGGCAGAACAAAACGCCAGCAUCAACGGAUCAAGAGGAGGAGAUUAUAAUAUCAACGGAUCAAGUGGAGGAGAUUAUGAAGAUGAACGGAUGCGUCAGAUGUGGGUAUUUCUCAGUAAACUUGAUGCUGCAGACCCAAUAAUUCUCAUGAUCAUUGCCGGCAUUGAUAUUGUAAUGAUGAUCUUAACUCUGAUUGCGUUGUGUGCUCUUCUCAAAUCUCAGCGCUCCACUCCAGUGUUUGUUAUUCAUUUGAUUCUGUCAGAUCUCAUUCAGAUCAUUUGUACAUUAGCAUUGACAAUCACAUGGUCUUGGAAGCUGUAUAAUGCAUAUAUAUAUAGUUUGAUUGCGGGUGUGUAUUUUAUGGCAUGUGUUGCUCUUGAACGAUAUCUUCUGGUUUCUCAUCCUAUCUGGUCCAGAUCUCAUCAUUCACUGAAAGUCUGCUGUGUUAUUUCUGUCAUCGUCUGGUUUGUUCCUCUGAUCUUUGCAGACUUUAGUUAUUAUCUAGAUUUUAACCAUCUGCCCCGAUCGAUCGGCUGUUUAAUCCCCUACCCGAUAAUCAUUCUGUGUUUUAUCGGCACUUGUCGCGGUCUUUCACGCGCAAUAUCUCUUACUUCUGUAAAGCGCAGAAAGAUUUUGGGCAGUUUGUUCCUGGUGCUUCUGACGUACACUUUCCUCAUCCUCCCCUACAUAAUCACGACUUUUAUUAGAGAAUAUAGAGCUCACAGUUACAGUUACAGUCACAACAGCAGGGUAUUGCUCGAUAUAUUUUGGCGUUUUUCUGAGUAUCUCCUGUUCCUGAACCCGCUGGCUGACUGUGUCCUGUACAUGUUCAUCAGGCCUGAUGUCGGAGGGUUAAUGAAGUCUGUUCACUGCUGUUGUAGAACUGACACACAUCAGGAUUCGACACACACACACGGGACGAACACUCUGGAGUCAGUAGUGCAGCGUUUGCCUGCUGUGUUUCAGUGCUAAAGCCUGCGUCUCAUUCACGGACCUGCACUUCAGUUUCAACAUCAUGAAGUCAAUGCCAUUCUGUGGGUUGGAGGGUUGUAUAAAGCACGGUUUAUUCUCUCUUCAGAUCAACAACAUCAAGUAGUUUCAGCUCGUAGUCUUGCUUGUGUUCCUAAUGCAUCUACAUUAUACUCUUUUGACCAAAUAACUACUAUUCACGCUGUUACAAAGAUAACUGACAUAAUGUACAUAUGCUCUCAUGUCCAUCAAAAGAUGAAUAACUUUCUUUCUUCUGUAAAAGACAAUAUUGUGAGAUGAUUUUAUGAAGUCAGUGGACAGUUUCGGGUGAACUAUCCCUAAAAACACUUGAUUUAAAGUGCAGAAAGUAUAUCAGAAGAGAUGUAAGUUUAUAUGAAAUAUUAACCAGAGCUUGCAUGUAAAUCAGAAGAGAGUUAUUAGUAAUAUUGUUGUGUGUUUAUAGAAGUGUUUCAUAUGGAGUCAGAGACUGUCCUGUAUUCUCUCUCUUCUGUCAUUAAUAUAAUUAAAGAUCUCUCAGUUCUCC